AUGUUCCCAACCCUGUGGUGGCACGUCCCCGACCUGCGGUGGCAUGUCCCCGACCUGGGGUGUUCCCUUGCAGACGGCGUGGUGCUGGUGGACCCCGAGUACCUGAAGGAGAGGAAAGUCUUCGUGACGUUGACCUGCGCCUUCCGCUACGGCCGCGAGGACCUGGACGUGCUGGGGCUGACGUUCCGCAAGGACCUCUUUGUGGCCAACGCCCAGGCCUUCCCCCCGCUGCCCGAGGAGAAGAAGCCCCUGACACGGCUGCAGGAGCGGCUCAUCAAGAAGCUGGGCGAGCACGCCUACCCCUUCACCUUUGAGAUCCCCCCCAACCUGCCUUGCUCCGUCACGCUGCAGCCGGGUCCGGAGGACACGGGGAAGGCCUGCGGUGUGGACUACGAGGUGAAAGCGUUCUGCGCGGAGAACCUGGAGGAGAAAAUCCACAAGAGGAACUCGGUGCGCCUGGUGAUCCGGAAGGUCCAGUAUGCCCCGGAGCGCCCCGGCCCCCAGCCCAUGGCAGAGACCACCCGGCAGUUCCUCAUGUCGGACAAACCGCUGCACCUCGAGGCGUCCUUGGACAAGGAGAUCUACUACCAUGGAGAGCCCAUCAGCGUCAAUGUCCACGUCACCAACAACACCAACAAGACGGUGAAGAAGAUCAAAAUUUCAGUGCGCCAGUACGCCGACAUCUGCCUCUUCAACACCGCCCAGUACAAGUGUCCGGUGGCCGUGGAGGACGCCGACGACAUGGUGGCCCCAAGCUCGACGUUCUGC